UCUCUCUAAUCAUUACACAGGGAUCUGUGAGCAUCAACUGUUCUUUUGUCAGUUUCUGAAACCCACAUUCAUCGCUAAACGUCACCGUCUCCUCUUUGAUUGCUCCGUGAUUGCUCAUCUUCAAGCCUCUUUUCUUUUUCUUGUCUCAGUCCCAUUUCCGAAUUAAUAGAUCCAUCCUUUACAUAACUCGACGAAGUUGAACAAAGUUUGUUGUUGUCUUUAGAUUGGUUAUGGAUAAGGAAACAGAGGAAAACCUAAACUGCUUAUUACCCUUUGGAGAUGGAAACGACGCGAUGAUGAUCAGUGACUUUGUUGGAAGGUUUUGCGACACGCAAGAGAUAUCACUCCACUCAAUCUCCGACAAUUUCCCUGUUGGAUUCCCGUAUCUCGGUCACUUCGGACACAGUCAGGUUCAGGAGAGCAACAAGAGCUCGUUACUGGAUCCAGGUUCGGUUUCUGGAACAGGUAAGACCAGACCCAACUCCAGGAAGAGGAAGGAGUCUCCAGCUUCCAACUCCAAGAUGCAGGAAGAGAACAAUGCAGCUGUGGCUGGCAAGCAGAAUGAGACUGAAAAGAGCGAAAACAAGGACGAGGAGAAACCUUCUGAGCCAUACAAGGACUAUAUACAUGUCAGAGCAAGAAGAGGUCAGGCAACUGAUAGCCACAGUAUCGCUGAAAGGGCGAGAAGAGAAAAGAUUAGUGCGAGAAUGAAGUUGCUUCAAGAUUUGGUCCCUGGUUGCAACCGGAUUACUGGAAAAGCCGUCAUGCUUGAUGAGAUUAUCAAUUAUGUGGAGUCAUUGCAAAGACAAGUCCAGUUCUUGUCUAUGAAGUUAGCAACUAUAAAUCCAAGAACGGAGUUCAAUACUGCUAAUGCUAUGUUAUCUGCAGAGAUGUUGCAGCUGGGAGAAUCAUUAUCUUGUUCAGAGUCAAGAUUUCCUUCAGAGUAUUUACCUGUUGGCAAGAACAUUCUUAGUGAAGGAUUUGUUCAAGCUGAGGCGCCAGCUUUCUGGGAAAACGAUCUGCAGAGUAUUGUUCAUAUGGGUUUCAGAGAUUAUCAGCAACAGAGCAUCAACUGUUCUGAACCUACGGUUCAGAUGAAAAUUGAGCCAGAGAGAUGAUCUUACUUCUCUGUACAUUGUCAAAACAAAUGGUGAACGAACGGAACUGAGUAAUGAGGGUCUCUGGAGUUAAGACUAAUUCUUCUUGUGUCUUUUGUUUAAUUCAAAAGAAUAAAAAAAUUCAGUGUCUGUAAAAAGAAUAGUAGAACAAAUCUUGUUGUAUUAUUAUUACAGAAUAAGCAGAUUAAGUUUGUUUUAGGAUGGAUCAAAUCCAAGCCCUUCCCUACUUGGAUAACCUGCAAUCAAAGAAGAAGACAAUAUUUUUGUUUA